AUGGCCACCAAGAAACUUGAGAGAGGUGAUGUUUAUGGAGAAGAGCUUCUGAAGUGGGCAUCGCCCAACAAAACUGGGAUUGACGAACUUCCUAUCAGCAACGAAAAUGUGAGAAGUCGUACAAAAGUAGAAGGCUUUGCUCUCUCAGCCAAGAAGUUGCUAUUGGUAGUCUCCAAAUCCGAACAGUUGUGGAAGUUAAACGUAGACCCUUGA